CUGUGGCCGUGCGAGCAGCUCCCCACAUACACGCACGCGCCCGCACAAACACCCGGGGUGAGCAGGCGCGGUGGAUGUGAUGAGGUCUCAUGUCUGGCGGACGGACGGACGGAGCGAUUCGUCAGGAUUAAUUGAAGAACUCGCCAAACUAGCUUAAAACCGGCUCCAUUUAUUACUUCGUCUUAUUUCAGCAGUUUGACUCGGGACAGUUGAAAACUCCAGGCAGACUGAGCAGCAGCAAAAACAUUUGAGUGAAAAAAAGUCUGGAGUUUUUCUCAUGACAGCCGCUGUUGUCGCCAGGCUGACAAACAUCAGUGACCAGGAGGUGAGCUGUCACCAUCCGCUCAGCUGCCAGACGACUGACCAGCCCUGCAGCCGUGCAUCCUGACUGUCUUUGCCUCCAUUUAUGCGUCUGAACAUCCACGAUGGCUCAAAGCAGUCUGGACUGGUGGAUCCCCUGCUGACACCUCCGAUCCCCAGAUAUCCGCCCAGACUGCUCUGUUUCACCCUCGUUGCACCCUUGUUCAGUGGACCCCCCUCCUCAUUGAAGCCGACGCCAUGGCUAGUCUAGUGCUCAACGAGACUGGAAUGGAGGACUGUGGGAUCGACGACUCCUUCAAGUACAACUUGUACUCUGUGGUUUACAGUGUGGUCUUUGUCCUAGGCCUGAUCACCAACUGUGCUGCCCUCUUUGUGUUCUGCUUCCGGAUGAAGAUGCGCAACGAGACCACAAUGUUUAUGACUAACUUAGCAUUAUCUGAUUUAGUGUUUGUUUUCACGCUGCCAUUCAAAGUCUUCUACAAUGUUAACCGCCACUGGCCAUUUGGAGAUGGACUUUGUAAGGUAUCGGGAACAGCCUUCAUCACCAACAUCUACGGCAGCAUGCUCUUCCUCACCUGCAUCAGUGUAGACCGCUUCCUGGCGAUAGUCUACCCUUUCCGCUCACGCUCCAUCCGCACACGCAGAAACGCAGCGAUGGUGUGUGCCGCCGUGUGGCUGACCAUCGUAGGAGGAGGAAUAUCAGUGACCUUCUUCUCUACCAUCAACAGCACAAACAGAGCCACCACAUGUUUUGAGGGCUUCUCUAAGAGCACCUGGAGGACGUACCUGUCCAAAAUCACCAUCUUUAUUGAGAUUGUGGGCUUUCUCAUCCCCCUGCUGGCCAACUUGGUAUGUUCCUCACUUGUUCUGCGGACACUGCGUCGCCCAGCAACUGUUGGUCAUGGCUGUGACAGCAAGAGACGAGUCUUACGGAUGAUUCUGGUCCAUCUGGGUAUCUUCAUCAUCUGCUUUGUUCCUUAUAACUCUAUCCUCUUCCUGUACGCCCUGGUGCGGACCCAGGCCCUGGCUAACUGCGCUGUGGAGCGAUUUGCUCGUACUCUUUACCCAAUCACUCUGUGCCUGGCCAGCCUCAACUGCUGCCUGGACCCUGUGGUCUACUAUUUCACCUCAGAGAGCUUCCAGAAAAGCUUGACCAUGGGAGGAAAGGGGUCUGGCUCCCGACCUGAGAGUAUCCCCCGCAGCGACACCGAGACCCAGGACACAGGAAACACUCUCCCCAGAGACACACACACUGUGGCCAGCAACGGAAAAGAGACAAAAAUGUCUGAAAGUCAGUUCUGACUCAGCAGGGAAGAUGGAAGGUAAAGAAGGACAGAGUGGUUUUGAAAAAAAAAAACAAUCAGCUGUUUGGUCCUGGAAGUGACAAACGCAUAACUCAGCAGAUUAGUUAAGUCCUGAGGUAAGUCCUGAGGUAUGGCCUGGGCUUUACGGAUUAAUCCACCACUGGCGAGCAGAGGAAUGUAUCUGUGUUUAUUAUGAGAGAACACUACAGGGACCAGAGACCCCACCACAUCGAGACUAUCGUGAUAGUCCAAAGACACACAGAGCCUCUAAGAGAGACUCCAACACAUCACAUCAUCACUCAGGCUCAACACACACAAACACUCACGAAUGCACUGGAUUGUGGAUAAGAUGGAGAUUUCCGUCCACAUUGUUGAAAUAUGCUGUUAAGUACUUUUGUAACACACUGAGCCCUCAAGUUUGUUAUAAAGCUCAAGCUUUCACAGUGCAUUAUAUCAUUUUAGACAUUAAUGUUAUGACACUCUUUAGUGUGGUGAGACACAUUGUUAUUAUAACACAGCAGUGCACUGACCUGCUGACUUAAAUGUGUCUCAUGUUGAAGUUUGAGGCCAUUAAAUGUCUGUUUUGAAUUGC